AUGGCUUACGUCGACCUCUCCCAACGGGACAUCAACGUCCUCGAGAAAAUCAAGGACCCGGAGUUCGACCCAUCGCUCGUAGCCCAGGUUGAUCCCGCUCUGCCCAAGGACCCCCACGUCUCGGAUCCGACCAAAUAUCAGGACGUGUCCCAGCAAGAACGCGACAUCAUCCUGACCCUCCAGAAGGCCGAAAUGCAAAACGCAAAACAGCAAGCCGGGCAGAAGCCGGGAACAAGCCUUGUGGAUGAAUACCACAACAGCGUGUCCAAGCUGGGCCAGCUGAUCCAAGACCACCCCCAGUAUGCUAGCGCCCGCAACAACCGGGUGCAAGCCCUGAGGCGAUUGUACGGGGACUCGCUGCUGAUUUCCGGCGCCCCAAGGAAUCCUCAGGCACUCCUUCAAAAAAUCGAUGACAGCGAAAGAUUAAAGACGGGCAAGAUUGUAUUGGAUGACCUCGACCGCGCGGUGUCCCUGCUCACACCCAAGAUCGCAAACACCCACUUCUCUCCACAAGCUGCAAGGACGCUUUCCAACGCCCACACCCAGCGUGCUGCCAUCUAUCUCAUGACGUCCAAGUUAUUAGACUCCGGCUCCGCUUCAGUGGAUGCUUCACGACCCGAAUCUGGGUGGUCAAAAUUAGAUUUUGAGGAACGGGCGUCGCGGGAUUUCGCUAUGGGCGGUCGGUACGGAAAUGAGAUCGCGAAGGGGUUGGCCGUGAGCACGAACCCGACGGCGAAGCUCUGCGGGCAGAUGGUGCGGGAAGCGAUGAAGAAAGAGUACGGGCCAGGUUUGGUGUAA